AUGAGUAGACCAGGCGGGCGUCCUCAAGAAGGGCAGGACCCAUAUUACGGGGAACGUCGCGCUCCAUUUCCCACAAACCAGCGUUAUUCUGACCGAGGUUAUGAAGAUUAUGGUCAACCUCAACAAAUGCGAUCUUCUGCAACUUCUGAGAUUUCCGUUGAUGCUACGAUUUCACGUAUGGCAAAUAUGAAGAUUAAUGACGAUCAUAGUGUACCAAUUUCAUCCCAGAUAAUCGUUCCGCAAAGAGUAAACUCUCCCCGUCCUCGUCCUAAUCAACAAAUGCAAGGCCCUCCUCCUAACCAACCAAUGCAGGGUCCUCCUCCUAACCAACCAAUGCAGGGUCCUCCUCCUAACCAACCAAUACAGGGUCCUCCUCCUAACCAACCAAUACAGGGUCCUCCUCCUAACCAAUACAUUCAAGGUCCCCCUCCUACUCAACUUAUGCAAAGUCCUCCUCGUAACCAACAAAUGCGAAGUCCUCCUCCUUCCGUUUCGCAAGCUGCUCAAGGAGAUCCAAAUUAUGGUUCUGAGGAGCAAUAUUAUGGUCGUUAUUCUCAAGGUUCAGACUUUUCUAUCAAAGCACAAAAUCAAAACCCACAAAAUUAUUAUAAUUAUAAUAAUCAAUAUCCACCUCAGAAUAAUCAGGAAUUUUAUCCUCGGGGACGUCAUUAUGAUACUGCAUCUGUAUAUACUGAAGAUUCUUAUAAUUAUUAUCCAACUCAACCUUAUGAUUAUGAUAAUGUAAAUAAAGGAUCAUACGGUUAUGAUUAUUAUCAACAAGGAUAUCCACCUAGUGAAGGAUAUCCACCUAGUGAAGGAUAUCCACCUAAUGAAGGGUAUCCACCUAACGGAGGAUAUCCGCCUAAUGGAGGAUAUCCACCUAACGAAGGGUAUCCACCUAGUGAAGGAUAUCCACCUAGUGAAGGAUAUCCACCUAGUGAUGAUUAUUAUGGUGGUAGCAUGAACCCACAUCAAUAUUAUCAAGAUCAAUAUUAUGGAUCUAAUUAUUAUCCACAAGAUGAAUAUGGAUCUAGACAAUAUUAUGGUCAACCUGGUCAAGCAUAUAUGGAAAAUACAAAUAGGUACUCUGGUCAAAGGAACUUAGAACAACCUAAUACAACAGAAGAUAAAGAUUUAUAUACACCAGAAGUAAUAGAACAAUAUCGACAAAAAAUUAAAUCGACUAAUGAUCCUGAUAGUUUGUUUACUUAUGCUAAAUAUUUAAUUUCAGCAGCAAUUUCUGUUAGUAGAAGUGAUCCUGAUCCGAAAAAUGCAAAAAAGAAAAAAGAUGCUUUACUUCAAGAGGCAAUCAAAUUAAUUAAACGGUUAGCCACACAAAGUAUGGGUCGCCCUUCACAUCCAGAGGCACAAUUUUACCUUGCUGAUUGUUAUGGUAAUGGUUCACUAGGUUUACCUCAAGAUCUUGAUAAAGCUUUUAAUCUUUAUGAACAAGCAUCAAAACACAGUCACCCUGCAGCUACUUAUAGAACAGCGGUAUGUUACGAAGUUGGUGGUGGGACUAAGCGAGAUCCAAACAGAGCAGUACAAUUUUAUCGCAAAGCAGCAGCAUUAGGAGAUACUGCAGCGAUGUAUAAACUCGGAAUGAUUAUGUUAAAAGGACAACUAGGACAGCACGAAAAUCCUCGAGAAUCUAUUAAUUGGCUUAAACGUGCUGCAGCUCAAGCAGACGAAGCAAAUCCGCAUGCAUUACAUCAAUUAGGAUUAUUACAUGCUAAACCAGAAAAUGAACCACCAUUAAUUCCUUCACUAAUCAGAAAUGAGGGACAUGCAAUUGAAGAAUUUAAACGAGCGGCAGAUUUAGGUUAUGCACCAUCUUGUUUUAGAUUAGGAUGUUGUUAUGAAUAUGGCCAAUUGGGAUGUCCUAUUGACCCUCGAGAAUCUAUUCGAUAUUAUUCACGUGCUGCUGAGAAAGGAGAUCCUAAUGCCGAAUUAGCAUUAUCCGGUUGGUAUCUGACAGGUUCAGAAAAUAUAUUAAAACAAUCUGACACAGAAGCAUAUUUAUGGGCACGUAAGGCUGCAGAUAAAGGUCUUGCAAAAGCAGAAUAUGCCAUAGGUUAUUAUACGGAAGUAGGUAUUGGUACAAGACAAGAUCUUGAUGAAGCAAAACGUUGGUACAUGCGUGCUGCAGCACAAGGGAAUAAAAGAGCAAUGCAACGUCUUACGGAAUUAAAACAAUUGGGCAAUAAAAAACGCUACAAACCUUCACAACAUACACGAGCUCAAGCAAAUAAAGAAGAUUGUACUAUAUGCUAA